UUACUGAUUAGUGAUUUGGUCCAUGAGAACAUCAGUCAUCAGUGACUCGGAGUCUUGGACAUUGGCAACAAGAUUGGCUGGUWAUUCUACCUCGAUCGGGCGACRGGCACUUGCCACCAGCUGYCCUCCUUUGCAUAGCCGGCAGCCGCAUAGGUAUCACUGCACCWAGUGCACCAUAAUUAGUUUAGAGUGUUAUCACGACGGUCGUCCGUGACUAAAGACCAUGUCGAAAUGUCGAAUGUUUUGCGAAAUCUUUUCGGACGGCACCGGCUCCCACAGGCCUCGACCGUGCUCACGAAUUACCUGCGACAAACUAACGAGCCACCGUGGACAUCGUUUUUCAUUAAAUACACGUCGGUAAUCGACGACCAAAGAGGCCGGUCUCACUUCAACUGGAAAACUGGUGACUCAAACUAUCACGUUUUACGUUCCUGCUGUUUUCCGUACAUUAAGUACCACUGCACCAAAAGGCCAYACGAAGAUCUACGAGUAGAAGACCGAUUGUUUAAUAUUUUAAAGAUCGUCAACCUGGGUAUUCCAUUGCUUUUAUAUGGAUUAUCUGCUGUUUUUAUGAUUUCAUAUAAAGAAAUAGUGAAGACACCUGAAGGAGAUGUUUACGUUUAUUUUCUUUUAAAAGAAGACAAAGGCUCAAUACAUUAAAACAAUUUCAAUAUUGGUAGUAGGUAUGUUUUAGGCAAAAGUGAAAUACAUGUUGUUACUUUAUGAAAUAUUUAGGGUUAUUUAAUCUAAGUGUUAAAUAUAUUAUAAAGAAUGUUUA